AUGUCGACCGAAGAAAAAAAACCGUUAGAGGUACCCGAAAGGGUUGCAUUUGCCCAAAGGCGAGUAGAAAAUGCGCGAAGGUCAAUGAAAAAGAUAGGUGAAUUUGUCAAGUCCUAUAGUUCGGAAAAAGACUCGGGGCAGGUUCCAGUUAGGCUGGCUAGGUUGGAAGAAAUAUUUGCGGAAUUUCGGGACGCCAUUUUGAUUGUUCAGUCGUUUUCGUCGGCUGUUUCUGCAAAACCAUACGACGAACUAAUGGAUGAUGUCGAGGAACGUUAUUGUGCUUACAAGUCCGUCUUAUCCAUGUACUUGCAGAAGCAGGCUGUGUCAAAUCCAACAAAAACGUGUGAAUCGGCAGUUUCAAUUAGUCACAUUAAAUUCCCGGAUCUAAAACUGCCUGAAUAUAGCGGUAAAUUUGAGGAAUGGCAGGCUUUCCAUGAUUCUUUUGAAGCUGCAGUACACUCCUGUGCACAGUUGAGCCCGAUACAAAAGUUUCAUUACCUAAGAGGGUGUUUGAGGGGGGAAGCUUUACGUGUGAUUGAUACAAUUGCGAUUUCCAACGACAAUUACUCGCUCGCUUGGAAGACCUUGAUCACGCGUUAUAAUAACAAACGGUUUCUUAUUAAAUGCCACCUUAAGGCUUUGUUUGAUAUGCCUGCGAUGCGUCGUGAGUCUUCCGAGUCGCUUUUGUCACUGGUUGAUGGUUUUGAGCGCAACAUUUCCAUCUUGAAGCGUCUCGGUGAACCAGCAGAGCGUUGGAGUUCGAUCCUUGUGUAUCAGUUGAGCCUGCGUUUGGACAAUCGUACUUUGCGUGAAUGGGAACAUUAUUCAUCCAGAGAACCAGUGCGCGAUGAUGGAGUAGUGAACGAUGGAAUGCCUCUUUACAUCGAUAUGAUACAGUUUCUCCAAGACUAUGCUAGAGUUCUUCAGUCCAUUGCACCUCAACCCUCGGCCUUAGUUUGCUCUCGACCGUCAGAAUCGAAACCGAAACCAAACACCUCGGCUUAUCUCGCGGUAGAACCCACCGGGCGCACAUGCCUAAACUGUGGUCAAGGUCACUUCCUCGGGAAUUGUGGGCAGUUUAGAAAAAUGUCACCGCAUGAACGUCUUGAUUUUGCAAAAACCCAUCGCUUGUGUUUGAAUUGUUUGAAGACAGCAUCACACAGUUGUAAGAGCUGCCCGUCGUCCAAUUGUCGGAAAUGCGAUCGGAAGCAUAAUACACUCCUCCAUUUACCACCACUCGAUAACUCUUCGGCACAACAACAAUCACCGAAUGCUCUUGCUUCAAAUCAACAACAAGCACAGUCGGCACAGUCUCAUCCACCGUUCGUUCCUAGCCAGACCUCGCCUGCCCCAUCCUUGUCGGCACAACAAUUGUCGGUUCCGAUCAGCAAUCAUCGAUCAGGUCCGACACCCUCCGUUCAUUUUGCAAGUUCUGCCGUUUUGUCGAAACCCAAAAUGAGCCCACCUGAGGUUUUGACGGCCCGAUCACAGCUACCCAAUGAAAUAGUGCUUCUCUGGACAGCUAUUGUCAAUUUCGAGGAUUGCAACGGUACAGCGAGUCAGGCUCGCAUUCUUCUCGACUGCGGUUCACAGUGUAAUUUCAUGACGGAAGCCUUAUACCACAAGCUCAAGCUUGCGCCUGUCGUAUGCCCCACUGAGGUGGCUGGGAUUGGUUCUAGUAUCACUCGAGUCGAGCGUUCUGUUGCAGCUUUCGUAUCGUCUCGAUGUUCGUCGUACCGUAAGCAAAUGUCGUUCCUCGUUCUGCCGUCUAUAACCAGGAUGCUACCGUCUCGUCCAGUGGACAUCACCAGCUGGGAGCUCCCGCGCCACGUGCGGCUUGCGGACCCCACUUUCAACACUCCUGGUGUCGUUGAUGCGAUCGUUGGUAAUGAUUGUUUCGCUGAUAUUCUGCGGUUCGGGAAAAUCGAUUUUGGUGAGAAGCUACCCGUGCUACAGAAAACAGCCUUCGGAUGGAUAGUGUCUGGAAGAUGCCAAGGUAUAAACAAGGAGACACCAUUUGUUUCAUAUCACCUCAGCCGCCUUGAUAAUCUUGAAGCUUUGGUAGAAAGGUUUUGGGAGCUUGAAUCGUGCUCGUCAGGAAACAACUGGUCUCCAUCGGAACGUGACUGCGAACAACACUUCAGAAAAAACGUAUCACGCGACUCCCAAGGCAGAUACGUCGUGAAGUUACCAAAGAAGGAGGAAUUGCUGCCACAGCUGCAGGACAACCGCCUCAACGCUCAACGUCGUUUCUUGUCGCUGGAGCACAAACUCGAUUCAAAUAAUGAGCUCAAACACCUUUAUCAUGAGUUCAUUCAUGAAUAUAUUUCGCUAGGACACAUGCUGGAGGUCCCUCUGGCGGAAAUUGGACAAUCGCCGCAGUACUUCCUACCGCACCAUGCUUUGUUACGACCGGAUAGCUCUACGACCAAGUUGCGAACCGUAUUCGAUGCCUCAUGCAAAUCUCAAUCCGGAAUUUCUCUCAACGAUGUGCUUUUAGCGGGACCGACGAUUCAAGAUUCACUGAUAUCGAUCGUUAUGCGAUUCCGGAUGCAUGCCUAUGUCGUUAGUGCAGAUAUCGCGAAAAUGUACCGUCAAAUUUUGGUACACCCGGACGAUCAAGCCCUGCAAAGAAUAUACUGGCGAGACAGCAAGGAUUUGCCACUGAAAAUGUUCCAGCUCCGAACGGUGACCUACGGGACGAAUAGCGCAUCGUUUCUCGCCACCCGUGUUUUACAGCAACUUGCAGAAGACGAAGAAGUGAAUUUCCCACUUGCUGCUCCAGUAGUCCGCAAGGACUUUUAUAUGGACGAUUUGCUCACUGGAUCGAACGACCUCAUUACUCUGAAAAACGUGUGCGUUCAAGUUAUCGCUAUGCUCGACUCUGCUGGGUUUCCUCUUCGUAAGUUCUCGUCAAAUUCUCAGGAAAUUAUUGAUCUCGUUCCCGAAGCACUCCGAGAAACAAAAACCUCACUCGAGUUUGACAGCCACUCAUCAAUAAAGACACUCGGACUGAUUUGGGAACCGUCGACUGACUUUCUCAGCUAUAAAAUUCCUGAUUGGCCGCCAGUAGAAGCGUACACGAAACGCACCGUUCUUUCUCGGAUGUCGAGUCUGUUUGAUCCGCUUGGCCUGCUUAGUCCAAUUGUCGUGAAGGCCAAGAUUUUCAUGCAGACGUUGUGGAAGACAACAUUGUCCUGGGACACCAGGCUGCCCAGCACUUAUCGACAAGCCUGGGAAGAAGUGCAGAAUCAGAUUCCCCAAUUAAAGGAUCUACGAAUACCUCGUCAUGUUCUUUCACUCCGGAAACCUCAAGCAGUCGAAAUGCAUGGAUUUAGCGACGCAUCGGAACAGGCAUAUGGAGCCUGUGUCUAUAUCCGCUCCAUUGCCGAGGACGGCUAUUGCACAGUUCGUCUUGUCGCGGCAAAGUCACGAAUAGCUCCGUUGGAGGUCAAGUCCAUCGCCCGCCUCGAACUCUGCGCAGCUCUUCUUUUAGCCAAUCUCGUGCACUUGGUUGCAGAAACUAUCAACUACCAAGGCAAGGUGUUUCUUUGGACUGAUUCGUCGAUUGUGCUGCACUGGCUUGCUUCAACACCCUCGUCAUGGCAAACAUUUGUGGCGAACCGUGUUGCGGAAAUACAACGUCUCACCACCAACGCAUUUUGGAAGCACGUUCCCAGUUGUGACAACCCCGCUGAUCUAAUCUCUCGUGGAAUGAACGUGAAUGACUUCUACAACAGUUACUUGUGGUGGAACGGCCCUCCCUGGAUAGCAACCAUCAAUCAACCUUGGCCAGAAUCCAUCCAAAUUCCCGCGCGACAUUCGCUUUCCGAAGAAGUUUUGGAAGUUCGGAAGCAGGUUUUUCAUGUAGCGAUGGCCAAUGGCGAUCUCGUGAAACGCUAUUCGUCCUACACGCAACUAUUGCGGAUCGGAUCACUCUGUCGACGGUUCGCCAACAAUAGUUCUACAAGUAAGGGUUCUCACUUCGGACCGAUCUCCAACCUUGAAAUGCGUGAAACCAUGAUGUCACUCGUGCGGGCGAUUCAAAGUGAGUUCUUUGCGAAGGAAAUAGUGGCUCUCUCCGCAGGCCAACAUGUACCUAAAUCUUCUAGCCUGCGGUUUCUUCAUCCAAGCAUCCAGAAUGGCCUGAUUCGAGUCGGUGGCCGAUUAGAAUACGCCGAAAUCGACUCCGACAGAAAACAUCCGUUGGUGUUUCCCGAAAGGCAUCCAUUCACGUUACUUGUCGCCGAGUCAAUCCACCGACGAACCAUGCACGGGGGACCACAACUUACUUUGGCAAUUAUGAAGCACGAAUUUUGGCCUUUGCGUGGUCGAAACUUGGUGCGCCGUGUGGUUCAUAGCUGCGUUACUUGCGCUAAGGCCAAGCCCAGGAUCAUCGAGCAGCUUAUGGGUCAGCUGCCACCAGAGAGGGUCAACCGAGCAUAUCCCUUUCAGUACGUUGGAGUGGACUUUGCAGGGCCAGUCUAUCUUAAACCAGCCACUCGUAAAGGAGCGCCUAUAAAGGCAUAUGUUGCGGUGUUCGUCUGCUUAGCGGUCAAGGCAGCGCAUCUUGAGCUAGUGUCGGACCUCACAUCGGCCGCCUUCAUCGCGGCACUCCGUCGCUUCAUCGCGCGCAAAGGGUUACCGAGCACCACCUUCUGUGACAAUGCGACGAAUUUCACUGCUGCCCAACGCGAACUCAAAGAGCUUCGCCAGUUGUUUCUGUCACAGCAACACAGGGAUGCUGUACUACUCGAAGCCAGCACCCAUGCAAUCACCUUUCACUUCAUACCUCCACAAGCUCCGACGUUCGGUGGUUUAUGGGAAGCCUGCGUCAAAUCCUUCAAGCAUCAUCUUCGCAGAGUAGUUGGGAACAGUCAUCUCUCGUUUGAAGCUUUCUCUACAGUUCUCGCGCAGAUCGAGGCUUGCCUUAAUUCACGGCCAAUUACACCAAUGUCUGCCGAUCCGAACGAUGUGGAAGCACUUACUCCUGGACACUUCCUUGUCGGGCGUCCGCUUUUGGCAGUCCCAGAACCCGAUUUAGACCACAUCCCCGAAAAUCGGCUCGAUCUUUGGCAGAAAAUGCAGCGCCUUACUCAACAUUUCUGGAAGCGAUGGCACAACGAGUACCUGUCUACAUUGCAGCUCCGUUACAAGUGGUCCACGGUGAAUCAAAAUUUGCUGACAGGAUCGAUCGUAUUAGUACGUGAUGACAACCUCCCUGUCGGAAAAUGGUCGAUGGGAAGAGUGCUUGCUGUUCACUUCGGCGAUGACGACUUAGUCCGAGUUGCUACUGUGAAGAUUCCUGGGGUUGCCAAACCCAUAACACGUCCAAUUACUAAGCUUUGCUAUCUGCCCAUCGAGGUCGAUCCAGCAACCAUCGAACCAGAUAAGUCGUCAACGCACAACCGGGACGUACCUUCCGCAGUGUCGGAAACUCAACCAGCUGGAGCUGGUCGAUAG